AUGAAGACCACGAUUCCUCAAUCCCGGAAGCGAAAGAAAUACUCGCGCUUAUUCAACGUCGGUAACCACCUCGCUUCAUCCUCGCUCAAAUCUGAGAUCUCGCCGUUUGGAUCCACUCUUCUCGGACGGAUGACCAUACCUAGCCCUAAGCGAGGGCCAUCGACCGAAUUCCUCGGGGCCGCUGUACCUCCUUCUUGGGUUCGCGUGCUGCUGAUAGGCGUCGAAGGUCUCGAGCGUUCAGAUGAACGCCGGCGAGAUCGACCCGUCGGACUCGUACCCCUGGUUAUGUCGAAGGACGAUCGUGUCGGUGUCUGA